AUGACAUUGAUUUUUACCAAGAGUCUCCUUUGCUUUCUACAGGAUGUGUUUUUAAUUUGCUUCUCACUGGUGAGCCCUGCUUCCUUUGAGAAUGUAAGAGCAAAGUGGUACCCUGAGGUUCGCCAUCACUGUCCAAACACCCCCAUCAUACUUGUGGGCACUAAACUUGAUCUGCGAGAUGACAAAGACACGAUUGAACGUCUGCGGGAUAAGAAACUAGCUCCCAUCACUUAUCCGCAAGGGCUUGCUAUGGCUAGAGAGAUUGGUGCUGUGAAGUAUCUGGAGUGCUCUGCUCUUACUCAACGGGGUUUAAAAACCGUGUUUGAUGAGGCCAUCCGCGCUGUUUUAUGUCCUCCACCUGUAAAGAAAAGGGGCAAGAAGUGUACUGUAUUUUGAGAAACACUGCAACUCAUUUCUUCAUUGAUAUGCCAUGUAAACAGCAGGCUCUUGCUCUUCAGCUCUGCUGUUAGCAACAGAUAAAUCCAGGUUGUGAGGUGACUAACUGCAGAGACAUGCAUUUCCAUGGUAUGUCUGG